AUGUCAAUAGAUCAGGUUGCGCUACAGCUUCUGCGGAUCGCGCCGCUCGUCUCGUCCACCGCGGGUAUUAUGUGUGCCUGGGGCCAGCAUUUCGCCGUCUACUCAUUCAUCGACAAGACAGUUCCUCAGGAGCCAGCAGGCGCCACCUUGCCGUACUGGUUCCCCGUCCUCUUUUACCAGCUAACCUGGGCGGUGGGCAUCAUUCACCCACUCGGAGGACUGCUCGGCGUUUUGAACAGCUUUGGCCCCGCCAGCGAUACUCUCAAUUCGCAAGCACGCUACCUCUAUUUCAUCGGCGGCCUAUUCGCUGCCGGCCAUCUUGUCUACGGCAAAGCAGCCAUGCGCAUCAUCAGCACCAUCUGGAACGACCGUCUCCCGGGGGCAAAAAACCUCCGGGCGCUUUCGCCAUGGCUGAGGCUCAACUGGUGGAGGAUUCAUACCAAUAAUAUCCCCGCCUUCCUCUUUUUUCUGGCAGCCUUGUUAUCAGCUGUUAGACUCAAGGAGUAG